AACGACUCCUACCGUCCGCCAUUCACUUCUACUAAAAAGUGAAUACGCUGCUUACCGCGUUCUUUCGUGAAAUUUGACGACUGCAGAGUUAGAUUUUUGAAGGAGAUCGACGGUUUUGGUAAGACAGCUUUUUUUCCGCGACAAAAUACGGAAAAAUGAUAAAAAGAGGGCGCUAUGGGCUACUACUAGUAGUUGCGAUCAUUCUAUAUGUUAGCUUCUCAUCCAUCAGUGAUUUUGAUGGACUGAAUGAGCCACCGGCAGAGAAGAAUUAUGCUGAUAGUAUUGAACGCGAUCAAUUGAAACAGUCUCGCGUCGUUCAAGCUACUGCUACGUCAACUUCUGAGACAAGCGCUUCGGCUACGCCUACAGCUUCUUAUUUUACCCCAGAGAAGAACAAUGGGCCUGAUGAAACGGACGAUGCUGCUGUUGACGAAAACGAUACCGAGGGAGGAUACAAGUAUGAUGAAACUUCCCCGGAGAUGUUCAACUAUGUGAAGGAUGAUGUUAUUGCAGAAUUGCGUCAAAUGUUGCCUUCUCUGAAGAAAAACAAGCAGGCUAUUAUUCCAAAAACCAUUUGGCAAACCCUCAAAAGUUUUGACUCGGAAGGCUAUCUUGGUUAUAUCAAUUUGUGGACCAAGGCUAAUCCAGGUUAUGUGCAUGCUGUUCUUACGGACGACGAUGCCGAGGAGUUUUUGAGAGAACACUUUGGGGACGAAUCAAAGUCUCGGCUCAUGGAGUACUUUUUCAAGCUUCCGGAGCCUGUAAUGAAGGCCGACUUCUUUCGGUACCUCUCCUUGUUGGCUGAAGGCGGUUAUUAUACGGAUAUUGACACGUCGCCCAUUAAGCCCAUUGAUAAGUGGGUGCCGGCUAAAUUCAAGGAUUCGGACAUUGGCAUGAUUGUGGGCAUUGAAGCCGAUCCUGAUCGUCCAGACUGGAACGACUAUUACGCCAGACGAGUACAGUUCUGCCAGUGGACGAUUGCCGCUGUUCCCAACCAUCCUAUCCUUUGGGACAUGGCUCAACGAAUCACGAAGGAGACGAUUAAGCGUGCUGAAACCAAUAAACUUGACACUCGUUAUGGAAACGUAAUGGAGUGGACGGGUCCUGGUGUGUGGACGGAUGCAGUUAUGGACUAUCUCGACUGGAACUACGGACCCUUCUCGUGGAAGAAUGUUACAAACCUUCAGGAACCCAUGCUGGUGGGAGACGUCCUGGUAUUGCCCAUCACCGCAUUUAGUCCCGGUGUUGGCCAUAUGAACAGCAAGAGUUUUGAUCAUCCGUCGGCUCUUGUUCGUCACCAUUUCUCUGGGUCCUGGAAGGCUACGACUCAUGAAAACAAAGGCCAUUAAUGUGGAACUGGAUAGUACGGAAGCAGGAAACGAUCAUUAUUUUAUAAUCAGUUCUGAUUAUUUGUCACUCUUUCUACCAAAAUCGCAUGUUUCUGUUUUUCGACCGCUAAUUGAUGCAUUCUUUUUCAUUUUUGGGGUUCAAAUAUUGCAUAUUCAGUGUCAACAAAAUUGUUCUAAAUUACUACACACGCAUACAUAU